UGUCCCGCAGGUAUGCACUCUCCCUCUUCCCACGGAUCUGGGGCAGGGGCUCUGAGCCGUCCGGGCGGCAGAGCGGCAGGAAGUGCCUGAUCUCUGCGGAUGGAGCUGGGAUCUGUCUCCCGGGCUGCGACCCAAACACGGCGUCUCUCGGCAACAGUAUCCAGGGUGACUGAAGGGGAGAAGAGAGAAACGUCACAGACGCCUGGAAAUGACGUAAGAGGGAGGACACUCUGCCCUCUGCUCCACUGCAGGUCCUGCUGUACCUCAAUGGCUGGUACUUUGCUGUCUUCUUCAUUGCUGAAAUUCUCAUGUUCGUGUACAAAGGAGUCCUGUUGCCCUAUCCCCCUGCAAACUUGACCCUUGACCUGGUGCUGUUGUUCCUGUUCCUGGGACUGGAGAUCUUGCGCCUCUUCUACGGCUCAAAGGGGAACCUGUGUCAGCACUCGCUAACGCUGGGGCUCAGUGUGGGGCUGCUGGUUCCCUGCGCUGUUCUCUCUGUCUACUUCCUGCUGCUGCAGACCUUCGUGCUGCGUCUGGAGCUGCUGCUCAACGCCGUCCUGCUGGUCUUCUACUGCCUGGAGCUGCUGCUGGGCCUGGUCACCCUGACUGCCCUGUCCAGGUACUGACCCCUGAGACACGGUCACCCUGACUGCCCUGUCCGGGCACUGACCCACUGAGACACGGUCACCCUGACUGCCCUGUCCAGGUACUGACCCCUGA